UAUUGGCAAUUCUAAUCCUCUAACUAACUCACUACCAAACCAGAACCUUAAAAGUUACUCGAAACAUGGUCAAAAUAAGUCUCAAUCAAGUUUGUCAAAAAACAAAGAUAGAGGUAUAAUAAGUCAAAUGAAAAAUAAAGGAGACCAAGUUACUUUAUUAACACGACAAGAGAUUCAAAAUUUGUUUGAAGAAUUUCUUAAGAAUGUAAUAAGACCAGAAUCAGACAUAUAUAAGCAAACCCAAGACAGAGAUCGGUCAACUCAAGGCCAAUCAAAUAGAGAUCGAUCAAGAUCUCAAGACCGAUUAAGCCAGAGUCAAUCAAGAUCUCAAGACCGAUUGAGCCAGAGUCGAUCAAGAUCUCAAGACUGA